AUGGCUCAUGAGUCGAGCUUUUUAGUUUUAGUCCACAUCUUUAUACUAUUAUGGCACUUUGGGACAUACAAAGUUUCCAGUAAACCAAAAGUGCCAUGUUACUUCAUCUUUGGAGACUCAUUAGUCGAUAAUGGCAACAACAAUGAACUUUACUCAAAAUGGAAAGCCAAUUACCGUCCUUAUGGGGUUGAUUUUCCAAAAGGUGAUACUGGCAGGUUCUGCAACGGUCGGACAACCGCAGAUAUUAUCGGUCAAUUUCUUGGCUUCAAUGACUUUAUUCCACCUUAUGCUACUGCAACCGAUGAAGAGAUCAGCACUGGUGUAAAUUAUGCUAGCGCUGGUUGUGGCAUCAGAGAGGAAACCGGAAGUCAUAAUGGAGGUCGGUUCAGUCUUGAUAUGCAAUUAGUUAAUCACAAAGCAGUAAUUUCACGCCUUUCGCGCUUGCAACAAAAUAUAAGUACCCUGAAGGAAUGUAUGUACCUUGUCAACAUAGGAAGCAACGAUUUUGUUAACAACUACUUUUUGCCUGACCAUUACAACACAAGUCGCCUAUAUUCCCUGAAAAAAUACACAGAAGUCCUUAUGAAACAAUACUCUAAGCAACUAAGGACUUUGUAUAAGAUGGGAGCUAGGAAAGUUGCUUUAUUUGCUCUCACUCAAAUAGGGUGCACCCCUCUUGCGACAAGCAAGUUUGGUACCGAUGGGAAACCAUGUGUAAAGGAAAUCAACAAAGCAGCCAUGUUAUUUAAUCAUAAGUUUAAGCCUCUUGUUGAGAAGCUCAACACUGAUAACGAAGAUGCAUUAUUCACUUUCAUCAACAUUACAAGCAUUUUAUAUCCACAAGGAGAUAGGGCGAUGCGAACUCCUCCUUGUUGCAAAUUAGAUGGAGAAUGGGCAUGCAAAGCUGGCUCCAUCCCUUGCCCGUUUAGAAUUUUUCAUAUUUACUACGAUGCUCUUCAUCCCUCUGAGAUUUCAAAUAUAGCCAUGGCAACAAGAGCAUAUCAUGCUAUUCAUCCCGCUGAUGCUUACCCAUAUGAUAUAUAUCAUUUGGUGCGGGUUCAUAAUUAA